UCUAUAUCCUACCUCACUGGAAGCAGAAAGGACAAAGCAACUAACCAGCCUGAGACUGAAAAGAGCAGAGAACCUGUUGCCUUUCUUUGUUUGCAUCUGGGAGAUCAAGAUGAAGACACCUAUCAGGACUGAGCCAAAAUGAAACAGUCCUGUUUCCCUCCUUCUAAAGCUUAAAACAAACUGCUUACAAAGCUUUCAGAAACUCAAGUACCACAGGCAAACAUGGCAAGACACUUUUUUUUACUUGCUACCUGUAAUCAUUAACUUAAUGGUGCUAGCUCUGUUUUUAUUCUUGACAUUCUGUACUGUAUUGCUGUCACUUGCAGCUUCUCUAAAGAAGCAAGCUUUGCUUAUUCUAUCAUGGGAAAGAGAAGUCCAACCCUACCUGGUUCAGCUGCUCACCUGAGCGAAGUGACAGAGAUCUUGGAACUGAAGCAAGAGAUUGAACUGACCAGUGCAGUGUCAUUAAUUGCUGGAACUAUGAUAGGCUCAGGUAUUUUUAUGUCCCCAGAGUGGAUACUGCGUAAUAUAGGUAGCCCUGCAGGUAGUCUCAUUAUCUGGGCAGCCUGUGGCUUAUUGGCCACCUUUGGGGCCCUGUCCUAUGCUGAACUGGGAACAUUAAUUAAAGAGUCUGGAGGUGAAUAUAUCUACAUUCUGUGGAACUUUGGCUCCCUCCCUGCUUUCCUUUUUGCAUUUACCUCGGUCAUUGUUGUGAGACCUGCCAGCGUGGCAGCCAUCUCACUGAGUUUUGCUGAAUAUACUGUGACUGCCUUUUAUCCUGGGUGUUCUUCACCUCAGGUAGUUGUCAAGUGUACAGCUGUGGUCUGCAUCCUGUUUUUAACUCUCAUCAACUGUCUCAGCGUGCGACUGGCCACCUCUGUCAUGAAUGCAUUUACAGUUGGCAAGAUGUUAGCAUUACUGGUCAUUGUGGUGGGAGGAGUUGUGUUGCUUGCUCAGGGGCAAACACACAGUUUCCAGAAUGCCUUUCAAAACACAAGGACAGAUGCUGGGGUUAUCGGAAUUGCAUUUUAUCAAGGCCUCUGGUCUUUCGAUGGAUGGAAUAACCUGAAUUAUGUUACUGAGGAAGUUAAGCAUCCUGAGGUGAACUUGCCAAGGGCAAUGAUGAUUGCCAUUCCUCUGGUUACCUGCUUCUGUAUGCUGGUAAACGUGAGCUAUUUGGCAGCCAUGACUCCUGCUGAACUUCUGUCUUCAGGUGCUGUGGCCAUUACCUGGGGAAACAAGGUCCUAGGAAGCUGGGUGUGGCUGAUGUCAUUGUCAGUUGCCCUGUCUUCAUUUGGAUCAGCGAAUGGAACAUUCUUCAGCGGAGGCCGCAUGUGCUACAUUGCGGCAAGAGAAGGCCACAUGCCAGACAUUCUAUCGAUGGCUCACGUAAGACACCUUACACCCUUCCCUGCUCUCAUAUUUACUUCUGUGGUGUCUUUAAUCAUGGUUAUACCUGGAAGUUUCAGUCAGAUUGUGAACCUCUUCAGUUUUACAGCUUGGCUUUUUUAUGGGAUAACAAUUACUGGUCUCCUGUAUUUAAAGAUUAAGAAACCAGAACUGCCAAGGUCUUUUAAGUUAUCGGAGAUAGCAGGAGACAUUUUUGGAGAGGUAUCUGCUGCUAUUGGCUACCUGGGGGGUCACUCCAGAAGACAUGGCUACCAUGAAAAAAAAAGUUACUCUCUUUACAGAGGUACCAAUCAUCAUACCUAUAGUUUUUCUGAUGGCGUCGGCAUACCUCGUGUUGGCACCCAUUAUUGA